CUGGCGCCUGGGACUCAGUGGUGGUAUCAUGGCGGAAGACGGUGCAUUGUACGACUUCUGCGGCUCACCACUUUGGGAUACAAAUCAUACAUGGAAUUCCGAGACCCCAGAGUUCACGCCAUGCUUUGAGCGGACAGUGCUGGUGUGGGUGCCGUGUGGUUUUCUUUGGGUGUUUGCGCCAUUGGAAACACAUUAUGUCCUCCGCAGUGUGGACCGACUAGUGCCGUGGACCUGGCUCAGCAUCUCUAAGCUAGUUGGGUCUGCACUUCUGUUAAUGCUUCAACUUAUAGACUUUUUUUAUGCAGUACAUAAAUGGAGAAUCGGAGAGGAUGUAUAUUGUGUUCAUUUUCUUACUCCGUUGGUGAUCUUUGUCUCAAUAUUUCUUCAAGCAUCAUGGGUGUUAAUAGAGAAGAAAAGAGGUUUCCAGAGCUCCGGCUAUCUCUUUAUCUUCUGGUUGCUGCUGGUGAUAUGUGGCAUUCCCGAGUAUGGCAGUUAUUUCGUCAGUAUCCAAGACCAGUGGACUGAAACAGAGUCCUUAACAUUUGGAACCUACAUGGUAUACUUCCCACUGAUUGUGCUGAUGCUUAUUUUCAACUGCUUUGGUGAUGCUACCCCAUUGCAUCUUGACUACCCAAAAGGAGAGAGACCCUGUCCUGAGAAUGGGGCAUCCUUCCUUUGCCGGAUAACCUACUCCUGGUUGGAUGGGUUGUUUUGGAAAGGCUACAAAAACCCUAUAAAAGAGACACACCUUUGGGAUUUAUCUUAUGAAAAUGCUUCGCGCACUGUAGUUACAGUAUGGGAUAAAAACUGGAGGAAAACUACUGCAAAAGCCUACAAGAAAUUUUGGGACAAUUUUGGGAAGGGCGAGUCUCACACAUCAGCCACCUGUACCAACAAUGCUACCCAUGUAGAAAUCACGGGUACUGCAGGCAACAAGGAGCACUACUUGUCCAUCUUGCCCACCAUGGUGCGCAUGUUUGCACCAUCUUUCCUCAUGGGUGCUUUUCUCAAGCUCAUCCAUGAUUGCUUGCAGUUCAUAAGUCCACAGAUUCUCAGUUUGUUGAUAAACUUUUCUGAAAGUGAUGGGGAAGAACCUAUGUGGCAUGGAUACUUUUAUGCUGUGAUAAUGCUGGCAUGUGCCCAGUUACAAUCCUUUAUACUUAGUCAAUAUUUCAUGAGGAUGAUGUUAGUGGGCCUUCGGGUACGUACAGGAGUUGUCUCGGCAGUUUAUCGAAAGGCCAUGAAAAUCUCCAAUUCUGCUCGGAAAGAGUCGACAGUUGGGGAAAUAGUAAACUUGAUGUCAGUUGACGCUCAGCGAUUCAUGGACCUUACUACUUAUGUGAACAUGAUCUGGUCUGCACCAUUACAGAUUGCCAUAGCUCUCUACUUCCUUUGGGACCUUUUGGGUCCAUCUGUACUCUCUGGCUUGGUAGUUAUGAUUGUGCUCAUCCCUGUGAAUGGGGCGUUAGCCAAUAAGAUGAAACAACUACAGGUACAACAAAUGAAGAACAAAGAUCACCGUGUAAAGCUUAUGAAUGAAAUCCUGAAUGGUAUAAAGGUUUUGAAGUUGUAUGCAUGGGAACCAUCUUUUGAGAAUCAAGUGAUUGCUGUACGUAAUAAGGAGGUUAAGAUCCUGAAGCAGACAGCUAUUCUGAAUGGGGGUUCAAACUUCAUUUGGACUUCCACACCAUUUCUGGUGUCUCUGGCUACCUUUGCCACCUACGUAAAUUUGUCUUCAGAAAAUAUUUUAGAUGCCAAAACUGCAUUCGUAUCCCUUGCACUGUUCAAUCUCCUGCGCUUUCCCAUUGCUAUGUUGCCCAUGCUCAUCACAAGCCUAGUGCAGGCAAAUGUUUCCCUCAAAAGAAUGAACAAAUUUAUGAAUGCCAAUGAGCUGGACCCAAACAGUGUCACCAGAGAGAACACAGAGAAUAGACCCAUUGUAAUUGAGAAUGGAACCUUUGCAUGGGAACAUGGAGAGGAAGAUAGCAAACCAGUACUCAGAGGUAUUAACAUAAGUAUACCCAAGGGUUCUUUGGUUGCUGUUGUUGGAGGUGUUGGAGCUGGCAAGUCCUCCCUCUGCUCAGCCAUUCUUGGAGAGAUGGAAAAAAUUUCAGGGAGAGUAAAUAUUAAGGGUAAUGUUGCUUAUGUUCCUCAACAAGCCUGGAUCCAGAAUGCCACCUUGGAGAACAACAUUCUUUUCAAUCAGACAAAACAGACUGCUCAGUAUGAUGCAAGCUUGAGAGCAUGUGCAUUACAGGCUGACAUUGAUAUGCUCCCAGGAGGUGAUAAGACUGAAAUUGGCGAAAAAGGAAUCAACUUGAGUGGCGGCCAGAAGCAGCGUAUCAGUUUAGCUCGUGCUGUUUAUGCUGAUGCAGACAUUUACCUUCUUGAUGAUCCUCUGAGUGCUGUAGACUCACAUGUGGGCAAGCACAUAUUUGAACAAGUAAUUGGACGUACAGGCCUGCUGAAGAAUAAGACUCGUUUCCUAGUGACACAUGGUCUAACAUACUUACCACAAGUGGACAAGAUAAUUGUUCUUAAGGAUGGGAUCAUCACUGAAGAGGGUUCUUACAAGGAGCUGCUUGAAAGAAAAGGAGAAUUCCAGGAGUUCUUACUUCAUUAUUUAAUUGCAGGGUCAGAUGAGGACGAUGACUUGGAAGAUCUGGAAGACAUCAAACUACAACUAAAGAGUACUUUGGGGGAUGAUGUUAUACAGAAGCAGUUACAUCGGUAUAAGAAGGAAAGUGAGAGUGAGAGGAGUAUUGAUAGUGAGAGCAAGGAUGGUGGUCCACGUCGUGGCAGCAAAAGAACCAGUGAAUCAGACAAAGGAAAGCUAACUGUUAAUGGCACAUCAGAAAAAAAGGUUGGAGAUAAACUUAUUGAAGCAGAGAAGGCUGAGACUGGCAAGGUGGACUUUGGUGUAUAUAAGUAUUACAUCCAAGCUGUUGGAAUUUUGUCCACACUGCUGACCCUCUUGUUUUAUGCACUUUCCCAAGCCAGUACAAUGGGGUCAAAUGUCUGGCUCUCAAAGUGGUCUGAAGAGGAUACCAAUGAUCCUAAAACAAGAGAUAUGUACCUUGGAGUGUAUGGAGCUUUAGGAAUUGGACAAGCAAUUUGUAUCCUGGGUGGAUCAUUUUCCUUGUCAUUUGGUGCUGUUGAUGCUGGAGCCAUACUUCACGCUGAUAUGCUUCACAGUGUCAUGCGUUUGCCAAUGCAGUUCUUUGAUACAAAUCCAGUUGGGCGUUUGAUUAAUCGAUUUGGCAAGGAUAUUGACACCCUGGAUAAUGUUUUACCAUGGACUCUGCGCUCUUGGUUAUUAUGCUUCUUCACGGUGCUGUCAACAUUUAUAGUCAUCAUUUACUCCACUCCAAUCUUUGUUGUGGUGAUGAUUCCAACCAUGAUCAUCUACUACCUUGUGCAGGUGUUAUACGUGGCUACAUCCAGACAACUGAAGCGUAUUGAAUCUGUGUCCCGUUCUCCUAUCUACUCUCAUUUCCAGGAGAGCAUACAAGGGGCAUCAACCAUCCGGGCUUUUAAUAAAAAGCAAGAAUUCAUCUUGGAGUCUGAGAAAAAAGUUGAUUACAACCAAAUUUGCUAUUACCCAAGUGUAAUGGCUAAUAGAUGGCUUGCAAUUCGACUCGAGACCAUUGGCAACAUACUGACAUUCUCUGCAGCGUUAUUUGCAGUCAUGAGCCGGGGCACCAUUAGUGGGGGAAUAGUGGGGUUGUCUGUCAGCUAUGCUCUUUCUGUGACACAAACACUGAAUUGGCUGGUUCGUAUGUCAUCUGAUGUGGAGACCAACAUAGUAGCUGUAGAACGCAUUAAAGAAUACACUGAGGCUCAACAGGAAGCACCAUGGGAAAUGCCCAUCAAUCAGCCUAACCAGAAUUGGCCUGAAGAAGGAGUUGUAGAAUUCAACAAAUACUCUACCAGAUAUCGUGAGGGGCUUGAUUUAGUAGUGAGAGACAUAGAUUGUAAGAUUACGAAAGGAGAGAAGGUUGGAAUUGUUGGAAGAACUGGUGCUGGUAAAUCAUCGUUGACACUAGCAUUGUUCCGGAUCAUAGAAUCGGCUGGAGGGAGCAUCAUCAUCGAUAAUGUCAACAUAUCUAAGAUUGGCCUUCAUGAUUUGCGUUCACGUCUGACUAUAAUUCCACAAGAUCCUGUGUUGUUCAGUGGGACACUGCGUCUGAAUCUGGACCCAUUUAAUAAGUAUGAGGAUGCCAAAGUUUGGUCAGCGCUAGAAUUGUCUCACCUCAAGGAGUUUGUGUCUGGUCUGUCAAAUGGUCUUCAGUUCGAAGUAUCAGAAGGUGGAGAGAACCUCAGUGUUGGUCAGAGACAGCUAGUUUGUCUGGCUCGAGCUCUCCUGCGUAAAACCCGUGUGUUAAUCUUGGAUGAGGCCACAGCUGCAGUUGAUAUGGAAACAGACAACCUCAUCCAGCAAACUAUAGGACGAGAGUUUGCAGACUGCACAGUCAUUACCAUUGCCCAUAGACUUAACACCAUCAUGGAUGCAACAAGGGUUCUGGUUCUGGACAAAGGAGAAAUCAAGGAAUUUGACACCCCUGCUACCCUAUUAAAUAACAAGAAUUCCAUAUUUUAUGGGAUGGCCAAAGAUGCUGGUCUUGUUUGAUUGUGAAGUUGUGAAAUUUUUAACAAAGAGACAAACUUUUCAUACAUACAUGACAGUACUUAACUGGGUACUUACAACACAUGGUAGAUCUCCACAUUAUUCUGAAAAUUACAUGCAUACACUGUAAGUCCUCGUUUGACGUUGCCCCCGACAACGUUGUUUCAUUAUAACAUCGCUACUCUUUAGAUACCCAUGAUUCCAGCAACGUCCCGACUGAUUCGUUAUAACGUCGUCAUCAACUACUUUGUAUGGCGCAUCACACACUCAUCUUGGCGCGCUACGCUCUCUCGCGGAACGUCCCCAAGUGUCCUUAAUAGUCUUUGUUAGGCUUCCACAGCGUACGUGUAUGCAUUAGUGUUUUUGCUAUAAAUACUGUACUGUAACCAUUUGAAAUGGCUUCCAAGUGCUCAUCAAGUGGUAGUGAUGCUAGUGUUGUGAAGAAGCAAUGGAAGACCAUACAGUAAGCCUUGCUACAAAAAUGGAGGUUUUAAACCCACCACACACUUGCUCCACCUCUGCCCAUCAGUGAGUACAAUUCAAAAUGAUUUAGUUUAUUUAUCUUUUUGGAUGUAUAAUAUAUGCUAUUUUUUAUAAAAAAAUUCCAUUGAAUUUAUGUAUAUGUAACAUAUUUUAUGGGGCAAAGGGAGGCUGGGGAACAUUGUUUUUUGUUAACUUUGUGUUUUUCAAGAACGUAACCAUAACGUUAAGCGAGGACUUACUAUGAUCUCAAAGAAAAAGAGAUACAGUACAUGAUUGCAUAUUGAUAAAUACAUGUUCUUGAUAUCAGACAUGCAGUCCCAAAUUCAGGAAGGUGUGUUUUUAAAUAAUAUAUGUGAUUGUGAAGUAAGAGAUACCUCAUCCCAAAUUAACCAAGUGUUCAGUAUGCAUGAUCCAGAAUUAGAAUGUGUUCAGUGUGUAUGAUCCUCAAUUUAAAUGUGUUAAGUGAGUUGAAUCUGUUACCAAAGAAAGUCACCUACUUGUGUAAGAAAGGCCAUGGGAAAUAGAGAAUGGAGGUUGUGAUAAUGUAAUCCAUGAAAAGGAGAAAGAAAGCCAUAAGAUAAGUAGAAAAAAGUAAAGGAAGCCAUAAGUUGUCCCUCCUUCUGGAUUAUGAUUGGUAGGUAACAUGGGAGAUGUAAUUUAGGAAUUAUGUACUUGGUUAAUUAUGAAGGGACUCCUCAGUUGACCUGAGCUUUUGCUUGUAAGUUAUUAAUGGAAAAUAUUUAUAUCAAUUUCCUUCAUGAAAAUAUACAGACAUGUACAAUGUUGCAGAAUAUGUAUAUUGGAAGAACUUAGUACAGUACAAUUAUUAUUGUGCAAUUGUAAUAUUUAAGUCUCAUAAAUUCUCAUGAACACCAUGAUGUAUAACUAACUGCAGUUUUAAUCCAAUUCAGUUAUGCCUUUCAGCACUUGUGAUCUUACAUUGCCUAAAAUUUUCAAUGUAUCUUUUAGCAUAUAAUUGAUAUUACUAUGAAUGACUAACCCCUGUGUGACAUCUUGUGCUGAGGUGCACCAAAGUGUCAAAAUAAUUUGCCACACUGCCUGUAGGUACAGUGUGUGAUUAUAUGUAUGACAGGGUGUCCAUAAAGUCCCAUUCUAAUUUCAAACUUUUAUUAUGGCAUAAAAUAUUGAAAUGCAGUUUUUGGCAUUUGCUUAGGUGAAAAACAAAACUUGAAUAGUUACUUCUUCAAAUGCAAAAAAAAGCUGCAUUUCAAUAUUUUCUUCCGUUUGCACAUAAUUAAAGUUUGAAAUUAGAAUGGGACUUUAUGGACACCCUGUAUUUAAGUAGUUACUGCAAUAUUGUUCAACCUAGGGAAUCUUCUUGUAGCUAAGAAGUAAAAUUAGUGUUAUUACCAUUCUUGUAAUUACAUUGAAUAAUGUUCUAAAAAUUAAUUCAUAUGGUUGUUUUUCUGUUUAUUAAAGUCAUCAUAUUAACUCUGAAGAUUUAUGUUCCACUUUUUUGUUUAGUACUUAGAGUACUGUGAUGUUAUAUAUAUCUUAGAAAGUAUUUGAGUUGUGGAAUAUAGGGAAACUGAUAAGUAGACUGACAAUGAGAAAUGUUGCAAUAUGUAAGUGCAUUAAUGAUGAUGAAUGCAUUUGAUUGAGAUGGAAAAGAUUAUAUUUAGAAGAUAUUUCUGUAUGUUGAUGUAGCAUUCAUCUAUCACAAGGUUAAAGCAUCAAUGAGGAAACAAGAUAAUUGUAGACUGAAAUUUAUAUAUUGGACCUAAAACAGUGGGCUGAUAUUAGUCAACAGAUGUUUAAAAGGUUGCAUAGGAUGUGUGGUGAUAAGAACAGUAACUGAAUGUUUAGGAAAGAGUAUGUGGGGUGGGCAGAAAGUCUGGAUACCCUCCCCAAAUAAAAAUUAUGUACAGUAGUUAAAACAACUAUCUGUGCAUACUUUUUGGGAAACAAUAAGAGACCAUGGACGAUAAAUUUAGGUAUAUGAGGGCUGUCAUUGGUCACACAUUAAAUUUCGGAGCAUAUCGACCCCUACCUGCACAGAUAGUUGUUUUAGCUACUGUACAUGAAAAAACAAUUUUACUGCAUAUUAACACUUUACUUAAUUUGACACACACCAACAAAUGGUUCAAUUAAAAAUACAUAAUCUCUGUCUGUUCACUAUCCUUUCCAUGUCAGGAUGAUUUAUUUUCAUGGCUUCAUGGAUUAUCAGUUGAACCUUUUGUUAGUCUGUGUUGAUAUGAAAAUAAAUAGGUAAAUGUCAAUGUUGCUGUAAAAUCAAUCUUUCAUGUACAUUAUCAUUAUUUGAAGUGGGGGACCAGACAUUAUGCCCUCUCUUUAUACCCUCUUUCCUCAACAUUAAUUUACUUAUCACCACACAUCAUAAGUAAACCUUUAAAACAUGUGUUGAAUUAUUGUAUGAUACAUGAUAUUAUGACCAAAAUGUUUGAGGUCCAACUAUAUAUAAAUUUCAGUCAACAAUUAGCUCUUUUCCUUGCUGUUGCUACAAAUUGGGAAAAUUAAAGUGAACAUUUAACUUUGUGUAAAUGUUUAUGGAUCCUUGAUGGAUUAAUAAAAAUAAAUUAAUUUA